UUUCUAGAAGUCUCUCUUAUCAUCAUCUGAUAAAACCCCAUUAAAAACUUGCUAGGGUUUUAUUACUCUCUCGAGUCUCUGCUUUGUUUCAGCGAAUUUGCACCAACUCAGGACGUCUCCCUCCACCGGUAUCCGAGCCAAUCCUUCAAUUUAUCCCAACGGAAAUGGCGACAGCUCAGCUCACAGGAUCAUCGAUCUCCGUUUCAGCGAGAAACUUGACAUCAUUUGAAGGCUUGAGACCCGCAACGGCCAAAUUCGCGUCGUUUGGGGCACUGAAGGCUGGAGCUCUCUCCCAAAGGUCAUUGCGGGGGCUGGUAGUCAAAGCAGCGACUGUGGUUGCGCCAAAGUUUUCUUCAAUUAAGCCCAUAGGUGAUAGAGUUUUGGUGAAGAUCAAGACUGUAGAGGAGAAGACAGAUGGUGGUAUUUUACUUCCAACAUCAGCUCAGUCAAAACCCCAGGGAGGUGAGGUUGUUGCCGUCGGAGAGGGGAAGACACUUGGGAAGACAAAAGUGGAUAUUUCUGUUAAGACUGGUUCCCAGGUGGUUUAUUCAAAGUACUCCGGGACUGAGCUAGAAUUUAAUGGUUCAAAUCAUCUUAUAUUGAAGGAAGAUGACAUUGUUGGUAUUCUUGAGACAGAAGAUAUAAAGGAUCUGAAGCCUCUCAAUGACAGGGUUUUGAUCAAGGUUGCUGAGGCUGAGGAGAAAACUGCUGGAGGUUUGUUUCUAACGGAGGCGACAAAGGAUAAACCGUCAAUUGGAACGAUUAUCGCAGUCGGGCCGGGUCCUCUAGAUGAGGAAGGUAAUAGGAAGCCUUUACCCGUCUCUCAAGGGAGCAGUGUUCUGUACUCCAAGUAUGCUGGAAAUGACUUCAAGGGCAGUGAUGGAUCUAACUACAUUGCUCUUAGGGUUUCUGAUGUGAUGGCCGUUCUCUCGUAGUUGUCAUUUUAUUUUUCUCGAGUAGGUGUUGUGAAAUUUCGUCGUGCUUGAGUUUGGGCAAAGGCAUACGAAUUUUGAAUGUAAUCCUGUUUUGAAUAUGUAUUUUGAUCAUUGCUUUAGGUUAUGUUUAUGCAAUCAGGUUAUUAUAGUGAACCUAUGUUAAGUUUUAUUGUUUUUACAGACAUGUAAAGUUUUAAUUGAGCCGAAGUAGUUUGAAGAGAGUACACUCGAGCAUGGUAA